CGACACCUCCCUUCGCUGAGGCCAGGGCGGGUCAAGUAUGUUGCUAUCAUCGCCAUACUAGUCUUGUUCCUGCUUGCGCGGGGUCUGCCCUCGCUAAGUAGCGUCGAAACCCGCGUGCGCGAUUCCCACAUGGGUGAAGACAGGCCGCAAUAUCUCUAUCACUCCACUUUCCGUGACGAUCCCGACCUCGAGUACGAACGCAAUGUUUCCCAGGCUAUGCGCGACCUUGAAAAAAAGCAGUUGGCGCUAGAUAGCGAGGACACAACGAAUACGUUGUGGCAGAUCUUACUGGACCCCUCGGUCCAACGAGGCGAAGACUCACUUCUGUUCGAGGAGAAGAAUCCGGAGUGGAAUUAUGCGCUCGUCAAUAACGAGUGGGCCGAACAGUUCAUUGCUUUAACCCUGGGAUCCGUGCCGGGCCUUGCGACUAUAUACCAUGCAUACCCGCACAGAGUCCUCCGGGGUGAUCUACUCCGCUAUCUCAUCUUGUGGUAUUACGGAGGCUACUACACCGACGUCGACGUAAAUCCCGCCAAAUCCAUCAAAUCGUGCCCGUCCCUCCAAGACUCUGUACUCACUAACGACACCGAUAUAUCCCUUGUCGUAGGUGUGGAGAUAGACGAACCCUUUGCCUCACCGCAAAAGAUGCGCGACUGGCACUGGGUCCGAAGCUACGGGUUUCUUCAAUAUACCAUCUACGCGCCACGGCGAUUUAGUCCACUUCUACGGGAUGUGAUCGUGCGAGUCUUGUCACACACGAAGCGGCAUCGCGAAAACAGCAACGCCAUAUUCGGUGCCAAGUACAAUGAACUAACCACGCUCGAGAUCACUGGCCCCGGCGUCUUCACAGAUGCUAUUUUGGACAUCUUGUCCGACACAUUACCGACUGACCACCCGAUGCUCUCGAUAUCGAAGAAGGCAGAUGAAGGUAUAGGAGAUCUUGUUACUGAAUCGGGCAAACCCAUUGAUCGUGUUACAUGGGCACCUUUCCAUGAGCUGAAGGAACCGCUAUGUGUAAAGGGCUCAGAGGUCAAAGAAGGAAAGCAAAUGGGUGGCUUGUGUGCGCUUCCCAUUAAUGCUUGGGGCAAUGGACAACGACACAGCGGAUCAGAAGGGUUCGGUAGUUCCCAUGCUUGUAUUAACCACCGAUUCUCCGGGCAUUGGAAAUCGUGGAAGCUUAGUUGGAAGCAAUAUCUCUUUGGGUGA